AUGGUCUCAUCGCGGAUUGAGUCUCUGGCAAGCGUCAUUGCCGAAUCGGCCCACGAGCUCCGCACUUUGCUAGCGGAACAUAGCCUUGAGGAGCCUUCUUUCGCUGCGGACUGCCCAAUCUCGAUAGCCCUACCACCAGCAGUAGAUGCCGCGCGAAAUGCUCUUCUGCAUGCAGCGUGCGAGAUCCAGGAUCUUCUUCUCGACCCGGCGGAUCUCUUGCGAACAUAUGCUACGGUCAGUCAACCGAGUCCUUUUUCCCUCUCUGCGUUUUGGGGGGGAACAAGAUACCCUGGUCUCCAAACAUCUAACCAGACAUUCUACCAACAGCAUGCCCAUCUAGUGUCGUUGCAUUUCAUCCAACAGUUCAACGUCGCUCAGCUUGUGCCCACUAGCGGUGGGGCCAUCACCUUCGCGGCUCUUGCCGAUCAAUGUGGGCUACCCGAGGCGGACGUAUGCCGUCUCCUCCGCCACGCAAUGACCAUCCGAAUAUUCGAUGAACCUCGCGACAAUGAGGUGGUGCACACGCGAGCCAGCAUGCUCCUCCGCGAAGAAGGCAUCCAUGGCUGGAUUGGAUCAACCUGCGAGAAUGCCUGGCCUGGUGCAACUAAGGGCUUCGCUCUUGCCAACAACAAUCUCACUCUCUACGCCGCCCUCGCCCAAUGCCCCCAACGAGCGGCAACAUUCGCUGCCAGCAAACGAGGUUACACCUCCGGUCCUGCUUUCCACCCUACCGCCUUCCUUGACGCCUAUCGCCCGACCCUGACUGGCCUCUCCCCGGGUUCCCUCUUCGUUGACGUGGGCGGAGCACACGGAUCAUGCUCCAUUGCCACUGCUGCAACCUAUCCGCACCUCCGCUAUGUCGUUCAAGAUCUCCCUGACGUCAUCGCACGCGCCCCACAUGACCAGUGCCCGGACCGAAGCGUGAAGUUCCAGGCGCAUGACUUUUUCACUCCACAGCCGCUCCGCGAGGUUGCCGUAUUCUAUCUCAGACACGUCUUGCAUAACUGGGGGGACGUGCAUGCAAUUAAAAUUCUUCAAGGGUUAGUACCAGGGAUGCGUCGGGGGACGCGCGUGCUGAUUCAUGAGCAUGUUUUGGAGCGCCAGAAGCAGCCGAUGUGGAGGCGGAGGUUAGAGAGUGCGAUGAAUUUGAAUAUGUUGAUAUUGUUGAAUGCACAGGAAAGGGAUGAGGUGAUGUGGCGGACUUUGCUACAAUGUGCGGAUGCGCGGUUCACUUGGGUUGGGGUGCGGAGGCCGGCGGGGAGUUCGUUGGCGGUGGUGGAGGCGAUCUGGGAGGGGUAA